UAACCCACUGAAUUACUUGUCACGUGCGAUUCACGCAGUGGCGAUGUAUUAAUCUUCCGCAGAUUUCCCUGAUCUGUUUUGAAAAACGACAUUGCCGAUCAUCGUAUAGUCUGCGGCGGCGCUUUUGCUCGAUUGAGCCAUCUUCUUCGAAUUGCAGGAUGUCAGAAACCGAGUUACCGUUUAGACCAAGGGAAAAGCUUUUUGAGAGGCAGAAGUAUUUCCAAAGCAUCCACAAACACACAUACCUGAAAGGACCAAUGGAUAAGAUCACAUCCGUUGCCAUUCCACUAGCUUUGGCUGGCACUUCAUUGUUUCUAAUUGGCCGAGGUAUCUAUAACAUGUCGCAUGGGAUUGGAAAGAAAGAAUGAGGUAGCCGUCUUUUCUGUUGCUGGGCUAUAUAAUUGUGUAGCCAAUAUUUAAAUUUGUGUUCUUGUUCUUUGAACAAUUAUUUGUCUUAAAAGUUUUCACUCAAUAAGGGCAACAACCGAAUAGAAGUUGAAACACUGUUUUUUUUUCCUUUGGAAUUAUAAUUCAGAUUCUUUUUAAUUCUGCA